CUCCGGGAGUGGAGUUGGGGGAGGGGUUAGGGCGCGCCUGGAUCAGCUGAGUGACAGUCACGGGAUCCCGACCAGCAAUCUCUGGUAUCCUGGAGGAGGAACGUGCCGGGGUCUCCUAGUGUGGCAGGACAUGGAGAAGGAGCAGGAGAACCUGCAAGCGUGGAAGGAACGUGUGGGGCAGGAGCUGGACCGUGUGGUGGCUUUCUGGAUGGAGCACUCACAUGACCAGGAGCAUGGGGGCUUCUUUACUUGCCUCGGCCGCGAUGGGCAGGUGUAUGACGACCUCAAGUAUGUCUGGCUGCAGGGGAGGCAGGUGUGGAUGUAUUGUCACCUGUACCGCAAGUUUGAGCGCUUCCGCCGCUCGCAGCUUCUGGAUUCAGCCAAAGCAGGUGGCGAGUUUUUGCUGCGUUUUGCCCGAGUGGCACCUCCCCGGAAGAAGUGUGCCUUUGUGCUAACACGAGAUGGCCGCCCAGUCAAAGUGCAGCGGACCAUUUUCAGCGAGUGUUUCUACACCAUGGCCAUGAACGAGCUGUGGAAGGUGACAAGGGAAGAGCGGUAUCAGAUUGAAGCGGUGGAGAUGAUGGAUGAGAUCGUGCACUGGGUGCGGGAGGACCCGUCGGGGCUGGGCAGGCCCUGGCUCUCGGGGACCCCGGCCUCGGAGUCCAUGGCGGUGCCCAUGAUGCUGCUCAACCUAGUGGACCAGCUCGGGGAGGCGGCCGAGGAGCUGGCGCGCAGCUAUGCGGAGCUUGGGGACUGGUGUGCUCAGAGGAUUCUGCAGCACGUCCAGAGGGGUGGGCAGGCUGUGCUGGAGAAUGUAUCGGAAGAUGGUGAGGAGCUGUCUGGGUGUUUGGGGAGACACCAGAACCCAGGCCAUGCACUGGAAGCAGGCUGGUUCCUGCUUCGUCAUGCCAUCCGGAAAGGUGACCCUGAACUUCGAUCCCACGUUAUCAACAAGUUCCUGUUGUUGCCUUUCCGCUCUGGAUGGGACCCUGACCACGGAGGCCUCUUCUACUUCCAGGAUGCUGAUGGCCUCUGCCCCACUCAGCUGGAGUGGGCCAUGAAGCUCUGGUGGCCACACAGUGAAGCCAUGAUCGCCUUCCUCAUGGGCUACAGUGACAGUGGGGACCCUGCUUUGCUGCACCUCUUCUUCCAAGUUGCCGAGUACACCUUCCGCCAAUUUCGUGAUCCCGAGUACGGGGAAUGGUUUGGCUACCUGAACCGAGAGGGUAAGGUCGCCCUCACUAUCAAGGGGGGUCCUUUCAAAGGCUGCUUCCAUGUGCCGCGGUGCCUUGCCAUGUGCGAGGAGAUGCUGGACGCCCUGCUGAGCCGCCUGGCCCCGGCACCCGGCACCCGGUCCCCGCCCGCUGUCCCCGCUCGCCAAGGCGCGAAAUAAAGUUGAUGCCGCUCCAGU